CUCCAUAUAGUUACUGCAGUUCUGCACUGAACACAUGGUUAUGACAAGUUAUGACAAGUUAUGACCAACACCCUGUGCAAACAGAAAUACAAGUAAAACAGGAUGUCUACUAUUCUGUUAUUAGAGUACACAGUAUCGCAUGGUGUGGUCAGGUUUGGCACACUUCUGGUCAGGACGACCAGGUCAUUGCCCAAUAACCUGCAGCUGUGGGAAUUGCCUUGAGAAAAUUCUGAGCUUUAAACGGCCACAUCAGCAUUGAGAUUAGAUGAUGAGAUAAGAGGGUGUGUGGUUUAAAAGGAGUGGCAGACUGUGAGUAAGGCACUCCUCUCUGCAGAGUUGUCCAGCUCACCCUCACCGCCACCAUGACCUUCGACGGCACCUGGAAAAUUGAUCGCAAUGACAACUAUGAGAAAUUCAUGGAACAAAUGGGAAUUAACAUGGUGAAGAGGAAGCUGGCCGCUCACGACAACCUCAAGAUAACCAUCGCACAGGCCGGAGACAAGUUUCAUGUCAAGGAGAGCAGCAAUUUCCGCAACCUGGAAAUAGACUUCACCCUGGGGGUCACCUUUGAGUACAGCCUUGCAGAUGGAACAGAGCUAUCAGGUGCCUGGACCAUGGAGGGAGACAUGCUGAAGGGAAUCUUCACAAGAAAGGACAACGGAAAGCAACUGACAACAACCAGAAUCGUUGUAGGAGAUGAACUCAUACAGGUGGGGGGAAUUUAUGUACAAGAGUCUACAAAUUAUGGCUUGAAAAAUACACAUUUUAUAUCAAACACCUGGGAAGCCUUGUAACACUUUUUAAGAACCAUCAUCAUAUAUUAAUAUGGUAUAUUAAUAGUUUAUGGACUUAAAAGUUAACUUAACUUAAGUU